AUGGCUCAGAUUAUCCGAAGGUUAUGGGCUCCUAAGCCCGUAAAGCAUCAUGCACCAAGAGGGCUCCUUUGCGUUAGCGAACGAGUGUACGUGUUCUCCUCGUGCAACUCCGCAGAAGCCCACGACAAGGAGACCUACCGCGCGUACCUACACCAGGUCGCGGCGGAGCUCAACGAGACUUACCCUGAGGGUUCCUUCCUCGUCUUCAACUUCCGCCAGGGCCACCCGUCCGCGUCGUCCUCCCGGCGGAGCCUCCUCGCGGAGGUUCUGGCGGAGUUCGAGAUGACUGUGCUGGAGUAUCCGCGGCACUAUGAGGGGUGUCCGAUUCUGCCGCUCGAUAUGGUGCAGCAUUUUCUAAGGAGCAGCGACAGCUGGCUGAAGCACGCGGACGAGCACCAGCAGCAGCACAAUCACGAGCAGAACGUGGUGCUGUUUCACUGCGAGCACGGCGGGUGGCCUGUGCUGUCGUUUAUGAUCGCGUGCUUCCUGGUGUACCGCAAGCAGGGCGCCCUCACAGCCAUGAGCGAGGAGGAAACGCUGCUGGCGGUGCAGAAAGGCGGAGGCUCAAGGGAGUUGCUCAAGCUGCUGUACCCUGUCGACCCCACUGCAUCUCAGGUGCGGUACCUUGAGUACGUGAGCCGGCGCAGCAGCAUGCCCACGUGGCCCCCAGAGGAGCGCGUGGUUCAACUCGACUGCAUGAUCCUGCGAACGGUUCCCAGAUUCGAUACUGCGGGCGGCUGCCGCCCGGCUAUCAAGAUCUACGGGCGGGUGCCCGAGAGCACGCACAGGGAGACAACGCUGCUGUUUCACAGCCUGAAGCGGGCGCAGAGGGGGUGGGGUGGGCCGCCGGGGGGAGGAUGGGGCGGUGGCACGCCAAGGGGAGGCUGGGGAACGCCUGGGAGAGGGCUCUACUCCACCCCUCACCCCCCUUCCCGUGCUUCCCAGGGCGACACCGAAGUGGUGAAGGUGAACGUGCAGGUGGCAGUGCAGGGCAACGUGGUGGUGGAGUGCAUGCGUCCCAAUGAACCGCCCCAAGAAGCAAACAACCAUUUCCUCCCCUCUGUCAUCCUCUCCCCUCUUCAGUGCAACACAGAAGUGGUGAAGGUGAACGUGCAGGUGGCGGUGCAGGGCUACGUGGUAGUGGAGUUCGUGCAUCCCAUUGAACCGCCACAAACAGCAACCAACCAUCCCCUCCCCCUUCUCAUCCUCUCCCCUCCUCAGGGCGACACGGAGGUGCGCGACACGGAGGUGGUGCAGGUGAAAGUGCAGGUGGCGGUGCAGGGCGACGUGGUGGUGGAGUGCGUGCCGUUGAACCGUCUUAACACCUCGUUUCUUUCUUCCUCCCGCUCCUCCACUCCAACUGCCUCUUCCCAGGGUGACACGGAGGUGGUAAAAGUGAACGUGCAGGUGGCGGUGCAGGGCGAUGUGGUGGUGGAGUGCGUGCAUGUGGACGAGGAGGGCGAGGGCGAGGCGGUGAUGUUCCAGGUGGUGUUCAACACGGCCUUCCUGCGCUCCAACAUGCUGCUGCUCGACCGCCACCAGCUCGACAUUCUCUGGGACGCCAGCGCCAGCUUUUCCGAGGAUUUCAGGGUCGAGCUUCUAUUCGCAGACCCAGAUCACGACAUCCCACCCACGCCCUCGCCCAGGUUCUUCCACAGCGAUUCCUCCAGGUUCUCACCGCACCACUCCACCACCCCAUCAUCAGCAUCCUCCUCCCCUCUCCCGGACGAGGACUUUCAGACGCUCGCUGCUCUCUUCCAGUCGUCCCACUGGUCUGCUGACGACAGUCGCAGGGCUCUGGAUCAUCUCCGCAUGCAACUGCUGGGGGAAGCCUCAGGAGCAGGAGGAGGAGUAGCAGGAGCACCUGGUUCUCCUGGGUUCUCGAUUCCGCCUUCGCUUGCGGCGUCGCUUGGGUCGGGCUCGGUUUCGGGGUCUGUUCUAGGGUCGCUUGCUGGCCCGCUCUCUCCUGCUUUGUUUACGUCCACGUCAGCGAAUGAUCGGCAACACGAGGCACUGCCCAAGUGGUCUAUUCAUGACGUGGAGGAGGAUGAGGAGGCUGAUUUCUCCAAGCUUGUUGAUGAGCCUGGUGAUGAGUCAUCAUCUCGUGACACGUCACCGACGCUCUCCAGCGAUUGCCUCUUCCUGCUCCCCCCCUCGUUCAUCUGCUCGCAGCACAGCAGUUCCUUCCAGUUCCUCCCCUCCAGCCCCUUCUUCAACAGGAGCACACCCACCACCUCCUCCUUCUUUCCCACCACCUCCCCCACCUCCCCCCCCUGCUCCGCCUCCACCUCCUCACACAACUGGAAGCGCAGUGCCACCCCCUCCUCCUCCUCCACCCACACCCCCCCACCUCCUCCCGGAUCAGCCCCCCCUCCGCCCCCUCCUCCUCCGCCUCCCCCACCCGCUCGCCCACCGCUCGCCUCCCCCUCCCCCCCCUCCUCCUGGCGCUGCUCCCCCGCCCCCGCCCCCCCCGCCCCCCCACCUCCUCCAGGCAGAGGCCCACCUCCCCCUCCUCCCCCUCCUCCCCCUCCCCCAGGGAAAGGUGCACCUCCCCCUCCCCCGUUUCCCCCUGGGAGGGGCGCACCUCCCCCACCCCCCACCCCCCCCCGCCUGGAGCCCGCGGUCCCCCUGGUCCCCCACCCCCCCGCCCCCCCGCCCACCCCUGGUGCACCACGAGGCCCCCAGGCGGCCCUCCCCCUCCCCCUCCCCCCCUGGCGCACCAAGAGGUCCUCCAGGCGCCCCUCCCCCCUCCCCCUCCCCCCCCUGGCGCACCAAGAGGUCCCCCAGGCGCCCCUCCCCCUCCCCCUCCCCCCGGAUCCAAAGGCCCUCCGCCCCCUCCCCCUCCUGGGGGAAAGCUUCCGCCACCUCCUCCCCCUGGGGGGAAGCUGGCGCCCCCUCCUCCCCCAGGGGCAGGGAGAGGGGCGGGAGUGGGGGACAUCAGCAGCACUACCAUCAGCAGGCAGGGGCAGCUGGGGCUGCUGGUGCAGGUGUGAGGAGGACCCCUCUCAAGUCGUUUUACUUGGGGCAAAGUUCAACCUGGAGCUGAGUUUGGAGGAGCUAGAGGAUCUCUUCUCAGCAGCACCGCCACCCAAGGCAAGCUUCGAAACAACUCAAAUUUCUAUUAUCCCCCCCUCUGCCUUUCUCCCCGUGCCCUCCGUCCCUGUGUGCAGCAACCUGGAGCUGAAUUUGGAGGAGCUAGAGGAUCUCUUCUCAGCAGCAGCACCGCCACCCAAGGCAGUCAAGGCGAAGCAGCAGGAGGCAACCAAAGUGGAGAAGGACGCCGUGCUGGCUCUGGACACGACAGUGCUGAACGAGGAGGGUGUGGAGGCCCUGCAUAAGUUCAGCCCCACCAAGGAAGAGAUGGAACUGCUCAAGGUGCUGCUGUGGGGUUUCAAGCUGGACAGCCUGCUCAAGCUCACGGACACCAAAACACGCAACAGCAAGAUGACUCUCCUGCACUACCUUGCUAAGGUGCUGGAGACCAAGCUGCCAGAGAUCGCCAAGUUCCCAUCUGACCUUCCUUCGCUGGAAAAAGCGCACAAG